AUGUUCGGUUCGUUGCCGCCCCUUUCCAUUUUACCGACUACGAAAUCGCUGGAAAAAACACCUCCUCCGCUCCACCCUUCGACAAGUUUUUCCUCCUUCACCUAUUGGAUAGUAGAAGACCUCCUUUGCGACUUCUCCAGGACUGGAAUCUCGGCGCAGAAUCCUCCGCCUAUCUGGCGUUCCUCCCCUCUCUGUCGCAUCCUAGACCAAAUCGCCGCCGCCAUGAAAAUCUCCAACGAUUCCACCGUACCCGUCUACACCAUUUCCGGCGCUGAGGCGCGCCCGCUUCCAGACUGGCUGAUUCGGAAGCGCAAGAGGAGCUUGAAGCACGACCCCGAAUUCGCGAAUCGCGUCGAGCUCCUUCAAGAUUUCGAGUUUGAGGAAGCCAGUCAAGUGGUUCGUGUCAGUGACGAUGGCCAAUGGGUCAUGUCAACCGGCACAUACAAACCACAAAUCCACGUCCACAACCUGCCACAGCUAUCCCUCUCCUUUGCCCGACACACAAACUGCUUGAAUGAGACAUUUGUGCUCCUCUCCUCCGAUUACACAAAGUCAAUACAUCUUCAGACUGAUCGAUUUGUCGAACUCCACACGGCAGGCGGGAUGCACCAUUCCAUCCGCAUACCACGUUUCGGACGAGAUCUUCUAUAUGACAAACACUCGGCGGAGGCUCUGAUUCCUUCGGUCGGAGUGAAUGCGGAGGGGCUCGGAGAGGCGUACCGCCUGAAUUUGGAAGUAGGGCGGUUUAUGAAGAGCUACGAGAUCGAUGUGGGUGGAGACGAUACGUUGACCGUGGGUGCAGGUUCACUACAAGGUGGAAUCCACGCAGGUAGCGUCAAUACUGGUGCUAUCGCAGAAGACAGCCAUGGCCUCGCAGCUUUUGGAACCUCUCUAGGGACCGUCGAAUUUUGGGAUCCGCGCUCCCGCAAUCGUGUUGGUAUCCUUUCUGCUCCCAACGACGCAUUCGAGGGCCGGUCCGAGAUCACAGCCCUGCAGUUCCAUCGCUCGGGUCUAGAGAUGGCCGCUGGAAACUCUAGUGGACUGGUACAUCUCUACGAUUUACGGUCACCGGUGCCUCUCCUCAAGAAAGAUCAGGGCUACGGUUAUCCCAUCAAAAACAUCAUAUAUCUCAACUCAUCAACCUCCACGCGCGCGCAAACCUCAGAGCCAAAGAUCCUCACUGCAGACAAGCGCAUCAUCAAGAUAUGGGAUGGACGGAACGGAGAGCAUUGGACAUCAGUCGAGCCUUCAGUGGAUCUCAACCAUGUGGAAUGGUGCAAAGACAGCGGAAUGCUGCUCACGGCCAACGAAGGCAAGCAACAGCAUGCAUUCUUCAUCCCGCAGCUCGGCCCUGCGCCCAAGUGGUGUGCUUUCCUUGACAACAUCGUCGAGGAAAUGGCCGAGGAUCCCAAUGAUCCCAACGCAUUCAACAAAAAUCCCGCUGGCGAAGUGUACGACAACUUCAAGUUUCUCACCCAUCCCCAAUUACGACAGCUCAACCUCGAUCAUCUGGUCGGUACCACCAAUCUCUUGCGCCCGUACAUGCACGGUUACUUUGUGGCUCAAAAACUGUACGAAGAGGCACGCCUCAUCUCGAAUCCCGAUAUGUGGCAAGAACAGAGGCAAAAGAGCAUCAAGGAAAAGAUCGAAAAGGAACGGGAAUCACGCAUUCGCGGCAACAAGAAGGUGUCGGUCAAAGUCAACCGCAAAUUGGCGGAGAAGUUCCAGGAGCGCGAGGAGAAGGCCGAGCGCAAACGGGCCCAGCGCGUGCUCGAGAAGGGCGGAGACGACGAGAUGCUCGACGCAGAUGCAGACGCAGCUCCGGCCGUGGGCGACGCGGAAGCGCAGCAAUCCAAGCCAUCCGGCGGUGUACUGCACGACCCUCGUUUUGCCCGCUUGUUCCAAGACGAAGACUUCGAAGUCGACGAGGGCAGUCACGAGUUCCAAGCCAUCAAUCCGGUCACAAGCACAAAACUACCCAAAGGACUUACCGCAGUGGAAGAAGAGCUCGUCGACGAUCGUAAAGGGUCCUCGGACGAGUCCUCGUCAGAGUCUGAAACUGAACAGAUUCGUCCCAAGAAAGCUGCAAAUGACGAUGAUAACCGCAUCUCCACCUCAACAUACAAGAAGGCCGGCCACAACAAGCAGAAAGGGCCGCAGAUGGUUGUCUCGUCGUCGAUGUCAAAACGCAAGGCGGGACCAGCUCGUGAUCAAUCGUUUGGAUCCCGUGUCACGAAACUCAAAGAUAACAGCGCGACUUCCUCACGCGGAGGCACAACCACAGUGGUCGGCGAGCGGGAAAUCUCAUUCAUCCCAGAGAAGAAAUCGAAGAAGCCGACAGCUGCGAGUGGUGAAGGGCAACGGCACGAGAAGAAGGAUAGGAGAAGCGCGAGCAAUAACGUUUUCAGAAACAUGUAAGAUAGAUAUAGAAGCUAAAAAUCGGCAAGUACAUAGCAAAAGUUCUGGUAGGGAAGUUCCACCCCAAGUCAAUGAUACCCUUUUUUCCAAGUCACUACGCCUCCAUAACAUAUAAAUCAAUAUGAAGUCAAGACGGCACGGGGUCGGGUAUACAAGAUGCCAACCCAACCACGCCCCUUUCAAAGCAUGGGAGAUGUUGGCGAAGAAGUAUCGCCGAAUGAGUGCAACUUGCGCACCCACUGUAGUCUGCAAGUAGAAUAAAUACGCGGUAUACGGUAGCGUGUUGGCGUGUUGAGAGGGGCAUUUUUCGGAUCUUCGGAGAUGGAGAGUCCUUGACCGCCCUGCGCACAAGUGUACCGCAAC